CCCACUCUCCCUCCAUUCCUCGCAGUCGUCGCCUCCCACUCCAAACACCCAAAUCCCCCACUUCCUCACCGCGAACCGGGCGCCAUGGAGCUGGAGCUCGAAGCAGGCGGCGGCGGCGGAAGAGUGGUUUCCCUCUCCAGCGAGUCCCCGUCGGCCGAGCUCGGCCGCGGCGACCUGGUUCUCGCAGACCGCAACAUAUCGCGCCGCCACGUCUCCCUCCGCCUCGUCGGCGGCGGGGAGCCUGGGGUCGCCUUCGAGGUCGUAGGGAGGAACCCCGUGCUCGUCCGCUCGCCGGUCGGAGGAGACAAGGUGUACCGCCGCGGCGAGGCGGGCGAGCUCCGGGCCGGGGACGGGCUGUCUCUGUCGCUGAAGGCGCCGUCAUUCUGGACGGUGCGGAGGACGGCCGGGGAGGAGGAGGCGGUUGAGGGUGCGGAGGUGGAGGUGGACACCGCGGUGCUAGACGCGGUGGCGAGGCGGGAGAAGCGGACGCGGGAGAGGAAGGAGAGGGAAAGGGAGAGGCGAGCGUCGGAGGAGGCCAUGGAGGUGACGAAGGAGGAUGUUAUGGCGGCGUCCGGUGAUGACGAUUUGGAUGAGGAAGUAGAGGAUCUGAAAAUUGAUCUUGAUAGCAUCGACCCGGUUCAAGAGUUUGGUUUUUUGUCGGCGGGUCAUGAAUUUGACAAUUACCCUAAGGGCUGGAUUCGCCCUCCGAAGGAUUGGAACUGGUUCCUAGAGGAAAUAAGGAAGGGCAGCGAUGAUGAAGAUGACGACGAUGUUAGUAACACGGGACGUAAAUCAAGGGGUCGUAGUCGUGCGAACAAGAAGAAGAAAAAGAUAGAGGGUGAGGAUGAUGAUGAGUGGACUGAUGAGAGCGAAGAUGGAAAAGACACCCUGCUAACAGGCGCUAGUGUGAAGAGACCAAAAAAGUAUGUAACAAGAUCGAAAGACCCCAAAAAACCUCGCAAGGAGAACUCAAAAACAGAAAAUGAGGAUACGGCAGAUGAACAGGAUGAGACAGAUGAAGAUGAUGAAGCAGAUGAGACACUGGGAGGUUUUAUAGUCGGAGAAGAGGAUGAGGAUGAGCCUAUGGAAGAGCUGAGUGAGGAAGAAGAGGAAGAUGAAUUCGAUGAUGAAGACGAGUACGACUGAUAGCAACGUCGUUAAAGCUUUUGUGCUUUCAUGUCAAGGUGUGCUGAAUUCGAUGAUGAAGACGGUGAUGACCGAUAACACUGUCGAUAAAGCUCUUGUACUAUCAUGUGAAGAUGUAAUGUUAGUGUUAGCAAGUAGCAUCGUCACGUACUGAAACUGUGUACAUAUUGUGUGCUUUUCUGCUGCUGUCUGGAAACUGUUGUGGAAGUGCUUAUUUGGCUGUUUUUAUAUCCAGUUACAUUUGUUUGCUCAAGUUAUGGAUU